CAACAUUUCAUAAUGUAUUCAAUAAUUAGUCUAUUAUUUUUGGCAGUGAUUUAUGUGUUGGUGGAUGUGAACAAUUCAUUACAAAUUAAUUAUGUUUACCAUAACUACACCGCAAUGACUGGUAUAUUAAAAAAUAUUAACAAAACGCAUUCAGAUCUCGUGUUUCUCUACUCUAUCGGACAGUCAGUCGAAGGCAGAGAACUAUGGGUUCUCCUCAUCACUAAAGAGCCUAAUAAGGAGGUGCUGUUGAAGCCAAAUGUCAAAUACGUGGCUAAUAUGCACGGCAAUGAAGCGGUGGGCCGGGAGUUAAUGCUUCAAUUGAUAGCAUAUCUGAUCAAUAAUAGCGGCAAGAAAUCGAUUAGAAAUCUAUUGGAAACGACAAGAAUUCAUAUAAUGCCGUCAAUGAAUCCGGAUGGCUUUGAACUGAGUCUCGAGGGCAGGUGUGAGGGGCCCGGGAGGUAUGUGCCAACAAAUAUAUUCUCUUACUAA